AUGCGUGGUACUCCAUAUUUAAGCGCUGUUACCGCAGCGGCCUUGCUGCUGUUCCUCAGGCCAUGUGAAGCCAAGGCUAAAAUUGCCCUGGCACCGCCGGUCUGUAGCAAUGUUACCGAGAGCCAGACUUGGGAUUACAUCAUCGUGGGCUCAGGGGCAGCGGGUAUCCCGUUGGCGGACCACCUUUCGGAGGCCGGGCACACCGUACUGCUGCUGGAGAAAGGGCCGCCGUCGACGGGGAUCUGGGGCGGUACGAUGAAGCCGCAGUGGCUCCAGAAUUCGACGCUGACGCGUUUCGACGUGCCCGGCCUCGCUAACGAGAUCUGGCACAACCCCACGGGAAUCGUCUGCACCGACGUCGAUCAGAUGGCGGGCUGCGUCCUGGGCGGCGGCGUCGCCGUCAACUCGGGUCUAUGGUGGAAGCCGCACCCAGAGGACUGGGACCGCAGCUGGCCGGCGGGGUGGCACAGCGCCGACCUGGCGGCGGCAACGGAACGGGUGUUCAAACGAAUCCCCGGCACGACGACGCCAAGCGCGGACGGUCAGCUGUAUCUGCAGCAGGGCUUCGACGUGCUGACGUCGGGUCUCAGCGCGAGCGGCUGGGACUACCUCGUGCCGAACGACCACCCCGACCGCAAGAACCGCACUUACGGCCACAGCACGCACAUGUUCUCGAGCGGCGAGCGCGGCGGCCCCCUAGCCACCUACCUCGUCAGUGCCAGCAAGCGCGAGAGCUUCACCCUCUGGAUGAACACGACGGCGCGCCGUGUCGUGCGCGAUGGCGGCCACGCCGUCGGCGUCGAGAUCGAAUGUACUAGGAACGCCGCUGGACACGCCGGCAUCGUAUCGGUGACCCCCGGCACCGGCCGCGUGAUCCUGUCCGCGGGCGCGUUCGGCUCCGCGAAACUCCUGUUCAGAAGCGGAAUUGGCCCGGUAGAUCAGCUAAAGGUCGUGCAGAAUUCGACCUUGGACGCGGCGACGAUGAUCUCGGAGGAUUCCUGGAUCAACCUCCCUGUAGGGCACAAUCUGAUCGAUCAUGUUGGCACCGAUAUUGAAGUUUCCCACCCCGAGGUCGUCUUUUACGACUUCUACGGCGCGUGGAGCAAGCCGAUCCUGAGCGACACAGAGAAGUACCUGGAGAACAGGACAGGAAUCCUCGCACAAGCGGCACCGAAUCUCGGCCCCAUCUUCUGGGAGAUCAUCCCCGGCACCGACGGCGUCGACAGGCACCUCCACUGGCAAGCGCGCGUCGAGGGCACUACGAACAUUUCUAUGACUAUCACCCAGUACCUCGGCACCGGGUCGACGUCGCGCGGGCGCAUGGUCAUCACGCCGCAGCUCAACACGCGCGUGUCGGUACCGCCGUACCUGCGGGACGCCGCCGACCGCGCUGCCGUCAUCGAGGGCCUCGAGCGCGUGCGUCAGUACUUCUCGCCCAUCGCGAACCUGAGAUGGGUCCGGCCGGCGGCGAACCAGACCUCGACGCAGUUCGUGGAUUCGAUCCCCGCGACGCCGGCGCUCCGGUGCUCGAACCACUGGGUGGGCACGGCCAAGAUGGGCGCGUCGGCGGCGGACGGCACCGCCGUCGUCGACACGGACGCGCGCGUCUUCAGCACCGACAACCUGUUCGUCGUCGACGCGUCCAUCUUCCCCGGCAUGAUGACGGGCAACCCGUCCGCCAUGAUCGUCGCCGCCGCCGAGCACGCCGCCGACAGGAUCCUCGCGCUGCCCGCCCCGGAGAAGGCGGCGGCGGCACCGGCGGUCAAGGGCGUGCGUGCGUCGUGA